AUGCAGCAACGAGUCCUGACUCCUCCAUUGAGUGACAACGGUACUUCAAUCGACUUUGGUAGUAGACUCGCAACCCCCAGACGCACGCCCUCUUUGCCUAUUGGGGAAAAGAUGGAUGCUCCUUUAAAUGCACAAAAAGUUGGCCCAGAUGCAUCGAAAUCGAACGAUCCGUCUUUUUAUAUACCAAUUCCCAUCCCGCUGCCAACAAGAGGUUUAUCUCUCCAACAGUGCCAGAACCCCUUACAACAAUUCAUCUUCCACUCGCAAAUAUAUGGCAAAGAACAGCCUACACAUCUAUUAUCAUUUUACGAGCAUAGAGUAAACAAGGCUGCACUCGAACUAGUGCUAUCAACGCCAUCCUUGUUGAAAACUCCAGAUCAGUUGAAGGACCGAGCUAUAGCUGCUGCCGCUCCGUUCCAAAACAACACCCCAGGAGCCCGAAUGCACUGGACUACUGGAUCGUUUCCCCAAAAUCCACCACCUGAAACCCUGGCUUUAUUGGGUGUCAGUACAAUAGCAGAAUUACAGUCACGGAUUGCUGCCGAUUGCAUAUGGGAUACGUCAAGUGCACCACAUCCAGCUUUGUAUCCAUCCCAGGCUAACAAGGAUGCUCCAUCUUCAUACAAUAAUGGCCCCAAUUCCAAUCCACCAGGUCGCCCAGCUCCAUACCCAGCCGAUUCAUAUCAAGCGCAGCCAUGGCCAAACUCUCAUAUGCCACAAAGUCCACCACCAAACACAUCUGUAUUUAACAACAUGCCUCCAGGACCAAACACGUAUUAUGAGCGACCACAGCUACCGCCACUACAUCCAUCCCAACAGCCAUAUGGCUACGAUCCAUUCCAUCCUCCUCGUCAACCACAACGUAUUAAUAAUAAUUAUCCAGGCCUACCACCUCUCAACACUCAACCAUCAUCAAUAAAUGCACCACCACAUCAUUACUUCCGUGACGCUCCAAUGCAUCCACCACCACCACCACAACCACAAGAUAACAGUUCCCAAGCCGCUAGGGUUCUAACUCCGACAUCACCAACGGCGCCCUCAGCCCCGCAUUUCAAUCAAUAUAAUCAAUCUGGUGGUAGCAGUAGUAAUAGUAGUAACGUACCACCAGGAAUUGCUCCACCACGAGGACGUCGACCCAACUCAUCAAACAAGGAUAGUCAAUCGCCACCAAAGAAAAGAAAUAGCAAUAGUGGAGGUAGCGAGGAUGAUGAUGAUUCUGGGAAUGAAGGAACUACAGAGAGGAAACUACAUCUAUGCACAGUGCCUGGUUGUGGUAAAAAAUUCACUCGUCGUUACAACUUGAAAUCUCAUCAACGAGCACAUUCAAAUGAUCGUCCGUUCAAAUGUACAUAUUGCAUGACAUCCUUCUCACGAACGCAUGAUCUUCGUCGCCACGUCAAGUCUCUACAUACACAGCAAAAGCCUCAUCAAUGUCCUCAUUGCAAUCUCGCUUUUUCAAGGAGUGAUGCCCUCAAAAGGCACUUGAAACUGGUAUUGGAACGUGGUGGUGUAGUCCCAGAAGUACUCAAAACUGUUGUCUCUGCUCCAUUAAGUAGAGCCGAACUGGAAAAAUUGGUGACUGCAGUUACUUCUCGUUUGAAUCCAACUGCUGAAAAGAAGUCGCAUGCACCAGCCCCCAUAGCAGUCUCUGCCCUACCUGCAAAGAAAGUGCCAGUCACUCGUCCAAACACUCGUCCUCGUCGUGCUCCUCCAAAGAAACGAGACGACAUUGACGAUUCAGACACAGAGGGCUCUGUUGAGGGCUCUGAUGAUUUCUAUAAUGAAGAUGACAAUGAUGAUUGA